UAGGAAAGUGUCCAUUGGGUGCGUUGUUGUACAGACCAUUAGAUUUUUGCUACACGGUAAAAACGGUUGGCAUCAUGAGAUUUGACGACAUGAAACAAUGGUGUACAAAUCAAGGAGCUUCAUUGGCUGUAGUGGAUUCUCCUAAUAAGCAAUUAUUCUUUCAACGCAUUUUUGUUGGUCGACCUUUUGAACGAGUUUGCAUUGCCGGUGAGAAGCAAGAUGAUUUAUUAACCUGGAAAUUAGAUGAUGGUACUCCGUUGUCAUAUUUUAAUUGGGCCGUUACUGAUCCAGAUGGAGGUGUUGUACAGCGUUGCUUAGUGCUUACUGCAGAUGACACGUGGUUCGACACUGAGUGCAUAAGAAAUGAUCCAUGUGUGUAUGUGUGCGAGAUUAAAUGAUGUACAAGUUUCGGAUUUUUCAUUGAA